UAAAUAAGUUAAACUGUCUCUAUUAUAGCAGUUUUGUUUAUCCGAGCCGUUCUCGAAUACGUAUUUGUGUUGGGAAGGGUGGUGAGUGAAAAAUCAUAAAAAUGAAAGUUUGUGUCUUAUUUGCAAUUUUUACAGUAGCUCAAGCAGCGAAAGCAACUUUGAAACCAAUUUCGGCGUGCUGUAACAUUCCUGAAUUGGGGAAUCCAGAACCUCUCGCAGAAUGUUCCAACCCAAAGCUGCCUGGACCUUGCAAGGACAUUCAAUGCGUUUUCGAAAAGUCGGGCUUUUUAACUGAAAACAAGACCCUUAUCAAGGAAGCAUACAAAACGCAUCUUCGACAAUGGGCGAAAGAGCACGAGGGUUGGUCAGUGGCCGUGGAGAAGGCCAUCAGCGACUGCGUUGACAAAGAUCUGAGACAGUACCUAGAAUUUCCUUGUAGUGCCUACGAUGUGUUCACGUGUACCGGAAUCGCUAUGUUGAAGGUGACGUAUUGGGAAAUCAACAGAAGCCAUGACCAAAAUCGUUAUUUCAAUCAGUUCGGCUCAAUCAACCAAUAUCUGACAUUUCCUUUCCUUUUGAACAGCGGCCGAACCUCAUACAUUAGGUUUCUGCGCCUAUGUAGGUCUUGACGGUCCGCAGAUGUUGGGAGCAAACCACAAGCCCAAGGAUAUUUUUUUAGGGCCCUACCCAUCAAACGACUCUCCUUGCACUGUCUCGCCACAUGUCCAAUCUCCGCCCAGGGUCAGAACCCGGGUAGAGUAGGGGGUUUCCCCCGGUCAACUCUACAACAACUUAACCUUAACCUUAACCAGCUUAACCUAAUCAAAAAUUAAGUUUUAUAUCGUGUAAAAAAUGACACCGGUGAAAUUUAUAGUAGGGUAUAUUUAAGCCUGUAAGUCCGUUAGUACCUCCAUCCUUUCUGCUCUUUUUUUCUACCUAUCCUAGUAACAGCCUGGUGAAUUUGCUAACAAUCAAGGGCGUGUCCUAGCAAGGGCAGUGCUUUGCUGAAUCUACCACCGGAUCGAAAAAGCGAUCCACUGAAAAGAUCCGGCGAGAAUCUCAGCGGGCUGUGUCUGCUGCUACCGCUUACUUACAUUACAGGUUGAAGGGGGCGACAGUCCCUAUACCCAAUAGAGACUUUGACAUUCAAGCGGCGUUAGUUUCGUGUUAACAAUAGUUCAGGUAGCCAAAUUCAAGCGGCGUUAGUUUAGUGGUAACAAUAGGCUCGGGUAGCCGCUGAACUUGUAUGUUAAAUAUUAACAAUAUCGAAUAGCCAGCUAUAGUUGAAGAUUGCGCCGAGGAACACAUUCAAUCGCGCUGUUUUAAACACCUUCUCGCAUUAUCGUUUCAAAACAACAUAGCGUUUUUUAUUUAUUUUCCUUUUGUACGGAAUAAAUUCAUAUUUAUUUUAAUUAAGUCUAGAGUUAUGAUACUUUUUGUUUUAUUUUCAGAAAUGUCCCAACGAACAUUGGACCUGCUGAAAGCGAACACUCUAACAAUUCCAUUGUAACGGUUGAAUUAUUUUUAAAUAAACGAAUUUACAAUUAGU